AGGCAGAUCAGAUGGGCACUGAUAUGUGGCAUUGAUGUGGCACUGAUGGGUACUGGCAGGUGACAUUGAUGAGCACUGACAGCUGGCAUUGAUGGACACUGACAGGUGGCACUGCUGGGGCUACACUGAUCAUCAGGGCACACUGAUCAUUAGUGCCCUGAUGAUCACUGUCAGCAUGACAGCUUGUGUGGAGAGAAAUGCCGAUAACCCGCAUUUCCUUAUUUACAUGCAAUCAGCUGUGAUUGGACACAGCUGAU